CAGAGAAACUCCCGGUUACACUGAAGAGUUGAAACAUUUUGGAAGAAUGCAGACGGACCAGGACCAGGACCAGGUCCAGGACUGUCCAGAGUCCAGCUUUUCCUCUGCUGGUCUGCAGAAUCAUAAAGGAAGACCCAAAAGACACUGCUGUGAUGAUUGCGAGCAAGUCUUCACCACUUCAUCAAACCUGAAGAUCCAUAAGAGAACUCACACUGGAGAUAAGCCUUACAGAUGUGAUCAGUGUGGUGCGGCUUUUGCUGUGAAAAAUAAACUUACGAGACAUCAACGUAUUCACACUGGAGACAAGCCUUACAGAUGUGAUCAGUGUGGAGCGGCUUUUGCCCUGAAAAAUAAUCUUACGAGACAUCAACGUAUUCACACUGGAGACAAGCCUUUCAGAUGUGAUCAGUGUGGAGCGGCUUUUGCCCGGCAAGGUGAUUUGACGACUCACCAACGUAUUCACACUGGAGACAAGCCUUACAGAUGUGAUCACUGCGGGGUGGCUUUUACCCGACAAUUUCAUUUAAUAACCCACCAACGUAUUCACACUGGAGAAAAGCCUUAUAGAUGCGAUCAGUGUGGAGCAGCUUUUGCCCAGCAAAGUGCCCUAAUUCGUCACCAACGUAUACACACUGGGGAAAAGCCUUACAGAUGUGAUCAGUGUGGACUGGCUUUUGGCGGGCAAGAUUAUUUGACGACUCACCGACGUUUUCACACUGGAGACGAGCCUUACAGAUGCGAUCAGUGUGGAGUGGCUUUUGCCCAACCAGGUGAUCUAAAGCGACACCAACGUAUUCACUCUGGAGACAAGCCUUACAGAUGCGAUCAGUGUGGAGCAGCUUUUGCCCAGCAAAGUGGUCUAAUUCGUCACCAACGUAUUCACACUGGGGAAAAGCCUUACAGAUGUGAUCAGUGCGGAGUGGCUUUUGCCCGGCAAUGUCAUUUGAUGAGUCACCAACGUAUUCACACUGGAGACAAACCUUACAGAUGUGAUCAGUGUGGAGCGGCUUUUGCCCAACAAGGUCAUUUGACAAGACAUCAACGUAUUCACACUGGAGACAAGCCUUACAGAUGUGAUCAGUGCGGAGUGGCUUUUGCCCGGCAAGGUCAUUUGACGAGUCACCAACGUAUUCACACUGGAUUCAAGCCUUACAGAUGCGAUCAGUGUGGAGCGGCUUUUGCCCGGCAAGAUCAAUUGACGAGACAUCAACGUAUUCACACUGGAUAAAAAUUGUACAUUUGUGAUCAGUGCUGAUAUCAUUUAUUUUGACAGUUCAGUUAAAAUGCAACAAUUUAGUUUAGUUAAUUUAGUUUGAAAGAAAUAAUUCUGGUCGUUAGAUUGUGGGACACAUUUUGAAUAUUUUUUUAAAAAGCAGCAGAUUCUUACAGCUGUAAGAGCUGUUCAGUAAUAAUCAGAUUUAGAAAAUUAAGUACAAGAAUUCAAUUCAAAAGUCUUUAUUUUGAACAUGAUGGUAGUGUAAGUAACAGACAUGCUCAAACAUACUUUAACAAUGAAUGCAAGAGAUUUAGUUUUUUUUUAAGCAGCAGCAGUUUUGACAUGUUAAAAAACAAGUAAGAAGUAAAAAAAAAUCUCCUACCCCUGGAACUCAAUACCAUGUUUUGCACAUAGACCCUUGUUAUUAGAUGUCAAAAAUCUUGAUGUAUUGAGAAGUUACACAAAUUAAUAUUAAGAAUUUUACACAGUGUAAACAUAUUGUGGUAUACAUGAGUAUAAAUUUGCGGAUAUCUGGGUGAUUAUUGCCAUUUGCUGUUACAUGUCCCUCUAUAUAAACACUAUUUACCAUCAGUCCCUGUAUUCAUCUAUACAUAAAAGCAUACAUUAUUUACCGUUUACAAUCUUA